AUGAGAACCAAGGCAAGCUCAAGCCUCUUCUUUUGUUUCGCACUCGUCCAGUCGAUCAAAGCUGCGGCCAUCAGCUCCAAUUGGAAGACGCCUGAAAAUUACGCCGGGAUCGCACAUGGCAUGGGGACGUCAGAGCAUGCGUUUGCUGUGGAUGUUUCUUCAGCCAAUGCAGAUGUACGGAUCCCCCAAGGCGUGGAAGUAGGGGGAAGUGUAGUAGUUCGCUAUUCAUCUGACAUUACGCGGUCAGAGCUCACUGCUGCUCAGGUGUUCCAUCACCUAGUGCCGCGAAACAAAGCAGAGGGCAAGGAGAAGCCUGCACAUCCGCGAAAUGUUGGAUAUGCAAUUGUCAUUGGGGCGGUCGCUGGCUUGAUCUUCUUGAUUGCUAUGAUUGCGGUGUCGUGCCACUGUUUUAGGAAGCAUCGGAUGCAAAGCAAGGUUGCUUCCAUAUCGAUGUCGAUGCCAAAGUCAAAGUCGAAGGGUGGAGGUCCUGCGUCAGGUGGUGUGUACGCGAGGUUACCAGACCCGGAGCCAGUCGACCGUCCAGCAGGUACCUUCCAGCAGCCACAUUAUGAUCCUAACGUUCCUUAUGCGACACCGUGGUCACCACCUUCUCAUUGA